UGGACAGGUCUGGGAUCCGGUCCCCUGCUCAGACCCCGGAGGCUAAGGACUUGUUUCGGAAGAAGCUGGUAAGACAAGCUUGGGCUGGCGAUUCACCCAGGGGGCUUGACUGGCCAAUCACAACUGGGAAGAUGAAGGCUCUGUGGGCCCUGCUGUUGGUCCCAUUGCUGACAGGAUGCCUGGCCGAGGGAGAGCUGGAGGUGACAGAUCAGCUCCCAGGGCAAAGCAACCAACCCUGGGAGCAGGCCCUGAACCGCUUCUGGGAUUACCUGCGCUGGGUGCAGACGCUUUCUGACCAGGUCCAGGAAGAGCUGCAGAGCUCCCAAGUCACACAGGAACUGACGGUACUGAUGGAGGACACUAUGACGGAAGUAAAGGCAUACAAAAAGGAGCUGGAGGAACAGCUGGGCCCAGUGGCGGAGGAGACACGGGCCAGGCUGGCUAAAGAGGUGCAGGCGGCACAGGCCCGUCUGGGAGCUGACAUGGAGGAUCUACGCAGCCGACUCGGGCAGUACCGCAACGAGGUAAACACCAUGCUGGGCCAGAGCACAGAGGAGCUGCGGUCGCGCCUCUCCACACACCUGCGCAAGAUGCGCAAGCGCCUGAUGCGGGAUGCGGAUGAUCUGCAGAAGCGCCUGGCGGUGUACAAGGCCGGGGCACAGGAGGGCGCCGAGCGCGGUGUGAGUGCUAUCCGUGAGCGCCUGGGGCCACUGGUGGAGCAGGGUCGUCAGCGCACAGCCAACCUAGGCUCUGGCGCCGCCCAGCCCCUGCGCGAUCGCGCCCAGGCUUUGAGUGACCGCAUCCGAGGGCGGCUGGAGGAAGUGGGCAACCAGGCCCGUGACCGCCUAGAGGAGGUGCGUGACCAGAUGGAAGAUGUGCGCUCCAAGAUGGAGGAGCAGACCCAGCAGAUACGCCUGCAGGCCGAGGUCUUCCAGGCCCGCCUCAAGGGCUGGUUCGAGCCGCUAGUGGAAGACAUGCAGCGCCAGUGGGCAAACCUAAUGGAGAAGAUACAGGCCUCUGUGGCUACCAACUCCAUUGCCUCCACCACAGUGCCCCUGGAGAAUCAAUGAUCAUCCCUCACCUACGCCCUGCCGCAACAUCCAUGACCAGCCAGGCGGCCCUGUCCCAAGCACCACUCUGGCCCUCUGGUGGCCCUUGCUUAAUAAAGAUUCUCCAAGCAC